AUGGCUGAAGAUGGAGGAACAUACUUGACACAAAAAGAGAUUGACGAGUUUGUGGCAGAACUCGACAAGGAUCAAGAUGGUUGCAUUUCAUACCAAGAGUUGGAACACAAGUUGGACGCCGUUUACAAGGAGCUGCAACCAAACGCAAAAUCGUACAACCUGCAUCACGAGUCAAGAAAUGAAGCACGACAUGAGUUCUUGCGAGGGGUCAUGGGCACAGAGAAAGAGUCCAUUCCAGCAGAGGACUUUAAGAAGACGGUAGCUUCCUGGAAAAUCGCCUCGCUGGAACAGGAGAAACAAGCUGCCAAAGACGAAAAUGACUAUUUGAAGGGCAUCUCCUGGCCUCGACGGUUGCGAGCCAUCUGGGAAGUCGAAGGGCCCGAGUACCUGUUCCUGUUUAUCGUGGUUUCAUUGCAGAUUGGACUCGGCGUGUGGCAAUGUGUCAAAUAUUCCACCGGGCCAGAAUAUCAAGCUGCUCUGGGCUGGGGUGCUGGAAUGGCAAAAGCCUGCGCAGGCGCGCUGUAUCCAACCUUGUUCUUCAUGCUUCUAAGUAUGUCGAGAUGGUUUUCCACCAUGAUGCGGAAGUCGUACUAUAUUUCUCGAGCCAUCAAUUGGGACUUGAGCCAAUCUUUUCACGUCAAGGUCUCGUGCGUUGCGAUUGCGCUAGCGACAUUGCAUGCUAUCGGCCAUCUUUCGGGUUCAUUCGUGUACGGCAGCCGCCCAAACCGCCAAGAGGCAGUGGCGGCGCUGCUAGGUCCAGAUGCGGUUCCACGGCCUUAUAUCGCAUAUGUUCGUUCCACACCAGGAUGGACAGGGCUGACGGCACUGAGCCUGUUUUAUGUCCUGGCACUCCUCAGCAUGCCAUAUAUUCGCAAAUGGUCGUACGAGAUUUUCCAGAUCGGCCACUUGUUGAUGUUUCCAAUUAUUGGUCUUCUCAUGGCCCAUGGGACAGCGGGUCUGUUGCAGUUUCCAGUACUUGGAUUAGUGCUCGCUUUUCCAACAAUCUUCGUUCUUGGAGAACGAUUGAUGCGGAUUUUCAACGGCUUUCACAAACUUCCUGCCUCGCUCGAGGUCCUUGAUGAAGAUACUGUGAGAAUCAGCUGCACCAUCCCCAAACGCCGUAUACGGAGAUAUAAAGCUGGACAAUACGUGUUUCUGCAGGUUCCACAAAUAUCCAUGUUCCAAUGGCACCCUUUCACGAUCUCGACCUGUAUCGGCCGACAAAUGGAGCUCCAUAUCAAGACCGAUGGCGAUUGGACGGGAAAACUUCGAGACCUAAAGGACUUGAAAUUCGUGGGCAUCGAUGGCCCUUUUGGAGCCCCGGCCCAGAGAUUUUACGACUUUGACCAGACUGUGAUUGUAGGCGCAGGAAUAGGCGUGACGCCAUUUUCGGGGAUUUUGAAUGAUCUUCAAGAAAGAGAAGAUCAUCAUUGGAAUCAACGUCGAGACUCGACCUCAACAAAUGAGUCUAAUGAAAUCACAGAACCAAAUACACAGCCCACACAAAGCGCUCAUCAAAGCAGUACCAUAGCUAGAAUUGGAGAGAAGUCAUUCGAUCUGGAAAAGUAUCGUCGAGUCGAUUUCCACUGGGUGGUACGAGACAAGAACUACCUGCUCUGGUUUUCCGAUCUCCUCAACAGAAUUUCGUCAGAGUCACCAACACGCAAUCCCAACCUCGACAUUCGAAUUCAUAACCAUCUGACAAAGAAAAGGAAAGAUCUUUCGACUCACGUUUAUCGAUGCUUGCUGGAGAAACACCGGACCGAAGCUCAACCUAUUUCACCAUUGACUGGUCUGAUAGCGCCCACGCAUUUUGGGAGACCAGAUUUUCCCAAAAUUAUGAGCGAUCAUUACGAAGAGAUGGUGAAGCUGUUCGCAAGAGACAAGACGAGGAAGCGAAAGGUGGGCGUUUUCUUCUGCGGUGCCCCUGUAAUCGGUCAUGCAUUGGCGGAUCUGUGCCAUCAAAUGACACUGAGAGGUCGGGAAGAUGGAACUGAAGUAGAGUAUCAUUUCAUGAUUGAAGUCUUUGGAUAG